CGCGGCUGGUUUGGCUUUCGCGCUGGUUAGAUUUUCGCGCACGCAUUUGGUUACCAAUAUCGCCCUCCGGGCGCGAUCUUCAUAAUUCUAGGUGUUUCAUCUUUGAGCGCGAUAGGUAUCAAAGCUCUCGCGCUUAAAGAAAAGAGCUUGUCAACAGACAUAACACAUCAGUUUGUUUCUGCAGUCUCUAGUUUCCAUUUUGUCUCCCACCCAUAUUAGUUCUGUACAUGUACUCGGCAGCAACUACAAGAGGCGUACCAAGUAGCCCAAAAGGUAGGUCACCUGUGAUGUCAUCUGUACGGAAUCCAAAUAAGUAGCAACUUGCAGCACGCUCCCCAGCAUAUUGGCAUUUUUUGGUAAGCACAAAUUCUCCGUAGACAGACGCGAAGAAGUUGUUGACACGUAAACCUGGGCCCGCAUUUGCUUUUUCAGUGUUUUUUAUUUCGAAUCGUUUUCUGCACGUACAACCAUAAUUGAGGGUCUUUGCUCGGUCCGUGUAACAGCUAAAGAGAUUUACGCUCUAUCGUAGUGGUUUCGGUUUGUUGCUUUCGUGCGAUAAGUACAACUAGUCCCGGCUUUACCGGUCGUUCCGGCUUGAGUCUGCAGAGGCGUUCAUCCGUUUUUUGCAGGUUUCGUUUGUGGCGCACUUGCUUCGAGCGUCAGAGGAUAGGCUCUCCAGGCGGGCCCUCCUUGGGUUUGUGACGUGUGGCGCCCCGCAGCUAGAGCACCACAUCCUCUACAGGCAGCAGCGAAAGUCCUCGACGCUCUGGGGACAAGUCCAAGCGUCCCUUGCUCGGGUUUGUGGGAGUCGAUCGGAGGCGCAGUACAUCUCGGUGUUGUUAUCGAGGAAGCACUGCCACACUGUAGAGCGCGAGCUUCGUCUUGUCUUGACUUUCGACUUUUACCUCACCGACAAGCACGCCAUGCCCGAGGUCAUCAAGAAUGAGCGACAGUGGUGGGCUGACCACUACACAGCGCUUGGGGCUGAAGAUGACUGCUUUGACAUCGACCCGCUCGGGCGUACUGCUUUCGGCUGGUUUGGCCAGGAUGGCGAGUUUAGUGAUCCCGACUUGAAGAAGAUCCAUGAUGUCCAGGUAGCGCCUGGGCACGCCGGUUACAGUGCUUGCCCGUCCUGCAAGAAUGUUGUCGCUCCUCUCAUCGAUGCCCGCUUUGCGCUCCAGUUCCGUGGGGAUGCCAUGUUGCGAAGGCCGGUAGUUGUUGGUGCUCUUCAUCGGCAGCUUCACAGGUUUGACGAGUUGAAGCGGAUUCUAGACCAUCAGCAGCUAUGUCCGUCCAGACCGGGUAGAGGUUGGCAGCUCCCCGAGUGUCUUGGAACUCCGCUGCAGCUCUGGGCUGACGUCGAGACUCAGGUCAUUAACGCCAAGGCCAUUCCCGACCUAUCCACCUCUAUUGACGCGAACGGAGACGCUGUUACUAUUAAGAAGGAAAUGAUCAACAAGCUCGUGUCACUCUGUCCAUUGUCACACUAUCGGUCUCUAUUCCUUCUUGGUGCUGAUCGUGAUCUUCCUGUAGUUCCUAGUCUCGUCGGUCCUGAUUGUGGUGAUCUUAUUUGUGAACCAGUUUUGGGUGCGGUUGUUGAGCACCAGAGAGAAGUUGUGUCGCAGCAUCUCGCCCUGCAGGCCGAAGUAGUCCAGUUUGAACACUACAAGGUCGAUGUCAACCCUGUUAGCGGAUCAAUCGUCGCUGUGUUAUGCUUCUGCGCCGACUGUGAGAUGAGCUUCAGUCAGAAGCUGACAAAGCGGAUUAAACUCGAUGGCGGGAGUGAUGACGUUGACCGAGAUGCUGACGCUGUUGACGGAUUUGACGACUUCGAGGUAAUUGGUUGGUCCUGGGCGCGCGAUUUGAACAACGACUCCGAUGCAUGCUCGUCUUCUACUGUGUCCAUUUCCUCUUCCUCUGAUGACGAGACUGGUGGGGCAAGACUUGCUUCUGCGCCUCCUCGACGCCCAGCAUUUACAGGUAAAAAGUUUCGGUCCUUCUUCACGGCGUUCCGGCACAUGCGGUCCAUCAAGCAGCGGAAAGCUGAUGAAGUCCUUGUCUCCAUCCUAGAUCGCCCUGCAGUAGCACCUCCGACUGAACUUGUCAAAAGUAAAAAGCCAAAGAAGAAAAUGCUCCUUGAUGCUGCUUUCAACCCAGGAAAAGUAGCACCGCCCAAGAGCGAUACUCUAGCAGGGCUGAAAGGGAUAACUUGGUGGAAGACCGGCGCUGGUGCAGCGUCUAGUAGCUGGAAGGGGUGUUUUCGGGUCAUCGUGCCGGUUAUCACUCCCGCUGGUGUCAAAGAAUCGAUACACCGGACGGUUUUUGUCGAGGAUCACGGUGACGACAUCGGUAAAGCGCGAGCGGCGGCUGUUGUUCUUCGGGAUUCGAUUCUAGCUAACCCUGCUCCCCAUCUCGCUAAGCGAAAGAAGAGGGGACCAAGGAGGAAGACUGGGGAUCAAGCAGCUCAGCAGCCUGUGGCGUUUCGAGGGAUGAAGAAGAUUGUCAUCAAGAAGAACGAUCGACUUGGUAUCGGGUAG